AUGGAUCCUACUAUUGGCUGGUAUCAACCGGAGCAGUUUGGGCCAGCUAAAGACUUGUGGCUGCAAAUUUGGAUCGCUGAGAAAGGCCUUGAUACGUUGACAUUAAAAAACGAAAACAGCAUAGUAGGCUGUGGUGGCGGCGGCGGCGGUGGUGGGACGAACACUCUUGUUAACAGUGUUGGUGGUGGUGUACCAACAGCAAUGGCUACUUCUGGCAACAAAGGCGUCCAGGACUUUAUUCCUCUUCAGGACAGUCACAGCAACGCGGCUCUAAACAACCGCGUUGCCCAUCAGGAAGACCACCGGAAUCACCAGACGACCAAUCAUCUCCAGAGGAGCUUACCAGUCACCUCAAAUAUGUACUACAACCCGUCUCGCAGGAAAAAUGACAACCGAGCCAGCACUUAUGGUCUCAAUUACAACCACGACACCCUCAUCGGCGAGUACGGAGGAUGUCCUUGGAGGAUUCCCAGCAAGCAGUACAGUCCAGGAAUUAUUGGGCUUCAUGAGGAAAUAAGUGACUUUUAUAAUUAUAUGUGUCCGACAAUUGAAGAGCACAAUUUGCGAAUACGUGUUGUCAAGAGAAUUGAGUCAAUUAUUUAUGAACAGUGGCCAGAGUCUAAAGUUGAGGUAUUUGGAAGCUUUCGCACUGGCCUUUAUCUGCCUACAAGUGAUAUCGAUCUAGUUGUAAUCGGAAGGUGGGCGAACCUUCCGCUGUUUACGUUAGAAAAUAAGUUCCUGGAGUAUGAUAUCGCUGAACCGAGCUCAAUAAAGGUGUUGGACAAGGCUAGUGUACCAAUAAUCAAAUUAACCGAUAAAGAAACUGAUAUUAAAGUAGACAUUAGUUUUAAUAUGAACAACGGCGUUAAAUCUGCGGAGCUCAUUAAAAAUUACAAAAGACGUUUUCCAGUACUUGACAAACUCGUGCUUGUUUUAAAGCAAUUUUUAUUACAACGUGAUUUAAAUGAAGUUUUUACUGGAGGUAUUUCAUCUUACAGCUUGAUUCUCAUGACGAUCAGUUUUCUGCAGUUACAUCCUAGACAAAAUGUACAUGAAAAUUCUAAUCUAGGAGUUUUACUUAUUGAAUUUUUAGAGUUAUACGGUAGAAAAUUUAAUUAUGUUAAGACUGGCAUUAGAGUUAAAGACGGCGGUACUUAUAUUUCUAAGGAAGAGGUUCAACGAGACAUGAUUGAUGGACACCGACCAUCGUUGUUGUGUAUUGAAGAUCCAUUGACACCCGGUAACGACAUCGGACGCAGCAGCUACGGAGCUCUCUAUGUUAAAGAUGCAUUUGACUAUGCUUAUCAUAAUCUGGCUCAAGCUGUCAAUCCAACAAAUUUCGUUGAUUCUUCUAAGCAUAGUAUACUGGGAAGAAUAAUCCGCGUUACUGAUGAAGUAAUAGAAUACCGGAAGUGGAUCAAAGACUCGUUUCCGAGUUCCGUCCUAGAAUUAGAUUCACUGUCAAGCUCGACUGGUUCAGACGCGUCAACUCUCUCAGCGCCUGCCAGUGAUACAGAUUCAGAGCACAGUCGUGGGAAUUCUCCAAACACAGGUGGACAGAUAGAAGACCGCAAUCGAGACCGCAAUGCGUACAACAAUCAACAGAAUCAGUAUACUCACAAUCCGUGGAAAAAACCCUACAAAACUGGACAUGGUAGACCUCGAUAUUAGACUAGA